CACACCCUAUACCCAGGACUAUAAAAUUAUUAUUAACAACACACUCUCACCCCUUGUAGUCCAGCACUGUGGGUGGCUUCAGUCAGUGUUUUGAUGUAUGCAGACAAGAGGCUCACGGGGCUGCAUACCACAAACACGAACCACCCUCAGCCAGCAGGAGAGGUCAUUGCCACGGCCAGCCCUUGCUCCUAGUCACGGAGGAGUUUUCAAUUCAAAGGGUACAGUGGGGGUUGUGGGGUUUUUUUUGAUCUGACUCACUAAGUUGGGUUUGGAAGCCUGGUAGUUGCUCAGAAGCCAGGAGCAACUGGAAAAGAUGACACAUAAUGCAACAAGGUGACCACAUUUCUCUGGGAAAUCAAAGCAUUCUCCCAGUGGUGGUGCUGUCAUGAUGGAGGCAGGAAAACCAUCUGAAGAGCCAACCACUGCCCCCACACACAUCGCAGAGGAGAAAACGCGUGGAAGCCUGGCGAUCCUGCGGCACACAUGGCGGUGCAGCGGUUUUGCACACAGCUGCGCUGACUGGCUUCCACAUCCGGGGGCAUCCGAUGCUUCCUCGGGUCCCUGCUGAUCGUGAUUGUGCCAAGCAAUUUCACAGAAUCACCGAAUCAGUUAGGUUGGGGAAGACCUCUGAGAUCAUGGAGUCCAUCCUGUGACCGAACUCCACCAUGUCAACCACUGAGUGCCACGUCCGGUCUCUCCUUAAACACCUCCAGGGACGCAGACUCCACCACCUCCCCGGGCAGCCCGUUCCCGUGUCCACCACCCUUUCCGUGAAGAAAUUCCUCCUGAUAUCCCACCUAAACCCCCCUGGUGCAGCUUGUGACUAUGUGCUCUUAUUGCCUGGGGGAAGAGGCCGAUCCCCACGUGGCUACGGCCUCCUUUCAGGGGGUUGCGGAGAGCGAUGAGGGCACCGCGACCCCCGAGUCUCGGCGUCUCCGGCCCCACCGAGCCCCGCUCCCUCGGUCCCCAUGGCAACGCGAGGGCGCGGGGGGCGGGGCUCGGCCGGGCGCUUCCGGGCGGCGCCGGCUGUGACGUGCCAGCGGGGGCUGACGGCGCCGCGCGGCCGCUUCCGGGAGUUUGGAAUAAGCAGCUUCAGACAAACAGACUCCAUUGAACCAAAACAAUGUUUGCAGAUUUGGACUAUGAUAUUGAGGAAGAUAAGCUGGGCAUCCCCACUGUACCUGGGACAGUGACCCUGAAGAAGGACUCUCAGAACCUGAUUGGGAUCAGCAUUGGAGGAGGAGCACAGUACUGCCCCUGUCUCUACAUCGUCCAGGUGUUUGAUAACACUCCAGCGGCCUUGGACGGCACCGUAGCAGCUGGGGAUGAAAUCACUGGAGUCAACGGGAAAUCCGUCAAAGGGAAAACCAAAGUGGAGGUGGCCAAGAUGAUACAGAUGGUAAAGGGAGAAGUGACAAUACACUACAACAAGCUUCAGGCUGACCCAAAGCAGGGCAAGUCUUUGGAUAUUGUAUUGAAGAAGGUAAAGCACCGGCUGGUAGAGAACAUGAGCUCGGGGACAGCAGAUGCCCUGGGGCUAAGCCGAGCCAUACUUUGCAAUGAUGGACUAGUGAAGAGAUUAGAGGAGCUGGAGAGGACUGCAGAGUUAUACAAAGGCCUGACAGAGCACACCAAGAGUCUUCUCAGGGCUUUCUUUGAGCUUUCUCAGACACACAGAGCAUUUGGAGAUGUUUUCUCUGUCAUUGGUGUACGGGAACCACAACCAGCUGCCAGUGAAGCCUUUGUGAAGUUUGCUGAUGCCCAUCGCAACAUCGAGAAGUUUGGGAUUCACCUUCUGAAAACAAUCAAGCCGAUGCUCACUGACUUGAAUACCUAUCUGAAUAAAGCUAUUCCUGACACAAGGCUGACUAUCAAAAAAUACCUGGAUGUCAAGUUUGAAUAUUUGUCUUACUGCCUGAAAGUCAAAGAGAUGGAUGAUGAAGAGUACAGCUGCAUUGCUCUGGGUGAGCCUCUCUACCGGGUCAGCACUGGGAACUACGAGUACCGCCUCAUCCUGCGCUGCCGUCAGGAGGCUCGCACGCGCUUUGCCAAGAUGAGGAAGGACGUGCUAGAGAAAAUAGAGCUCCUGGACCAGAAACAUGUGCAGGACAUCGUGUUCCAGCUGCAGCGUUUUGUCUCCACGAUGUCCAAGUACUACGACGACUGCUACGCCGUGCUCCGGGACGCGGAUGUCUUUCCCAUCGAGGUGGACCUUGCCCGCACCACUCUCAGCUAUGGGCAGAAGGACACGUACACAGAUGGGGCGGAAGAAGAAGGAGAAAGCGAGAGAGAGGGUAGCGGGAGGGAGGAUGCAAAUGGAGAGAAGCUCAUUGAUGAUGCCUGAGUGUGUCAGCAUGGCCAGAGGGAGGACUCUGCAGACUUGUGAAAAUGUGUAUUUCACGUGGCCGUUCAUCCUCCGCGAUUUCUCUGUGUGUCCGGCCUGGGAUUCCUCCUCUGCUUUGGGUGGGGUAGCUGGUUGGACUGGGACCAACCUCUGCUUUCCUCUCUUUUCCUUUGCUUGUUUGCCUGGGUAAUUCUUUUUGCCCCUGGAAACUUCUGCUACUCAACCUGGGUACUGCAGUGGGGGGAGGAAAAGCCACUCCUACACCACCAUGUUCCCCUGUGCAGGCAGGACUCUGCUGAGCACGUGGGCAGCACCGCUCCUCUCUGGCACAUGGAAGCUGGUUAAGGGUUUGGAGAUGAUUAUAAAUGGUGAGAACAGCCCACUUCCGUCCUCCCCUUGUGCUGUGGGGAAGUGUUAGCAGCACUGCUUGCUGUCUUCAAGCUCCUUCUGAGGAUCCACCUUAGGACUGUUGUGGAAAUAACCCAUCUUUAAACUAGAAAGGGGACACAAAGCCGAGUGGAGAGAGGAAGAGACUUUGGGAUUUUUUUAGUGUAAAGAAUGACUAGCAUGCUCUCCUCUCUGCACAACUAUUUUGUGCUGCCUCUGGGCCAGCCAGCAGCAGUAGCUAUCCUGCCAUUCCCCAGCACAAGGGAAGGGGGGAAAAGGAAGGCUGAGGUAAGUGGGAAUGCUUUUUUCCUCCUUCCUUUCUCUUCGCCUCCCUCCACGCCUGUGGGCCAAUCCCAGAUGCAGAUGGCACUUUCUCUGUUAGUGGGCAGCACAACUCCCGGGAGUGGUGGUGUUCUUAGGCCAGGGGUUUUGACUUCUCUGUCAUUACAUUCUAGUGGUUGUGGGAGGAGUUAUUUAAGUGCAUUAAUUUAUGAUCAAGAUGUUUGUUUUUUUUUUUAUUUGUGUUUCUCUUUGAUUGUUUUUGGAGCUUCUUCAUCUGUGUGGGUGCCUGGAAAAAAGCCAUCCAUGGUCAAGCUGCUCUGGAGAAUUUAAACAGACUGGUUUAGUGACUAUUGUCUGUAAUAAAGAAAUAUGUGACAUUUCA